UGGAGCGCUAUGGACACAGUCUACGCGAAUCAAGUAGGAAUCUCAACUAAAGACAUAUUUCUUCAGUGAAGAAACAACCGAUUUGAGAGGCUGAGAGCAAAGAACCGGUGGCCCGGUUGAGGAUGGAGUGUGCAUUAGAAGCACAGAAUCUGAUCUCCAUUUCUUUGAGGAAAAUCCAAAGCUCCAGGACGCAGAGAGGAGGCAUCAAGCUCCACAAGAACUUACUCGUAACAUACGUACUGAGAAACGCCAGGCAGUUUUAUAUGAGCAAAAACUUGCCGCAAACGCAAAGGACGCAUCAAUACGAGGAUGUAGCGGCAGUCCGUGAAAGGCAAGAAUAUUUUGAAUUGAAUGGGAGCUUAACGGAGUUGUCCGAUGACUUCUACUGCAACUUUACUGGGGCUGAGUCGGACACUUGGCACUGCGGAGCGCACCAGCCCAACGGCCAGCCCGCCGAAGUGGCGCACCAAGACGCAUCUGCCUGCGCAAUGCUUUCACCAAGUGACUCCGACCUCAUGGUUUCCGAAUCCUGUUGGAGUUGUGCAGACAAAUCAUCCUGGGAGUUACCUAUCCCAAACCUACAAGCCAACCAAAAGACUGUCCUGGACUUGGACACGCAUGUGGUGACUACUGUCACGAAUGGAUACUUCCACUCAGACUGUUGCGCGCAGUCUAAACAGCCGCAGGGCGCGCAGUGCUACACUAAGAAGCGGAAGAUGGACACAAGUUAUCAUAUUGUUGAUCCAGAGUUUUAUUUGUCAGACUUUGGGCCACUGCCAUGUAAACGGAUGAGGACUGAGGAUGAUUUACAUUCAGACUCGGACCAGUUGGACAGCACAAACAUCUCCAACCUGAUCUCAGUGUUGGGUUCAGGUGGACUAUCUGAGUUUGUGAGUUGGCAGCAAACGGACCUUGAGCAAAUAUUCGCCGCUCAAACAAUUUGUUUAAAACAUACACUGUUAGCAGGCAAUGGAUGGACCAGAGCAAUUGAAGCUUUUUGAUUUGUAUGAUUGUUUUUGUUUGUAUUGUUUUUUAUUAUUGCUUUCAAAUAAACCAUGACACGACUGCAGAUAACUCCUCUGUUAUUGAAAAAAUGUUGUUGAAAUGUGAUGUUAUUGAGCAAUCAUGUUAAUUUCUGUAACAUUUUUCGUGCCAAUUGAUAUUAUUUGUUCACACGGUAUACAUGAAUUGUACCUUUCAUUUAAACCUUAUUUUCCGGUGAUUCAUUUGGGGGUACUGAAGUUUGUUUCAAGCCUAUCUCCUGAAGAAAUGAGUUAACGCUGUUUCUCUGGGAAAGACGUUGGACGAGCUCCAUCACGUGGUCAGUAAAGAUCUGUGCAGCCUCGUGCACCAUCUCAACGCAGAAUAUCAUUCUGUAAAUGUAUUAUUUAUUUCAUUUUUAUUAUUUUAUUAAUCAAUAAAACUAACAUCAUUUAAAAAAAACACUGAUGCAUUGGCUUUAAAUCUCGA